AUGGAUGGAAUCAAAUAUGCAGUAUUUACAGAAAAAAGUAUUCGGUUAUUGGGGAACAAUCAAUAUACUUCUAAUGUCGAAUCAGGAUCAACUAGGGCAGAAAUAAAGCAUUGGAUCGAACUCUUCUUUGGUGUCAAGGUAAUAGCUAUGAAUAGUCAUCGACUCCCGGUCCCGGGAAAGGGUAGAAGAAUGGGACCUCUUAUGGGACAUAGAAUGCAUUACAGACGUAUGAUCAUUACGCUUCAACCGGGUUAUUCUAUUCCACCUCUUAUAGAGAAAAGGACUUAA